ACUGUCUCCAUGAGGACACAGAAAGGAAACUUGAAGACAUUUGGAGAUAUCUUUGAGUUUUUAUCCAAACCUGGAGUUUUUCCAGGAGGCUGGAUGCAGGGCCAGUAACGUGGGAGGCUCCGGUGGCAGCGGUGAGCACAUUAACUUCAAUAAGAGUGGAACAUAGAGACACUGUACCAUCCUUUAGUUAGUCACUGAAGGCUCUCUGGACAGGACAACCAUCACAGCCACAGGGAGAUACCGUACCUACUGAUGCGUUUCUUUGACUGCAUACACUUUGAUCUAUUUAACUCCUAGUGAAAGCCAGACAUGGACACUUUAGCACAUGCGAGUUGUUGUGUUUGAUGUGACAUCCAUACUGUAACUGUGAUAAAGAAUUCAGAGCAGCUCACAGAGCAGAUAGAUGCCAUGUGUUUCCAUGAGAAAACAAAGACCCUCUUGAUGAUUCCUUCUUGAUAUUAUCUGACUGACUGCCUUUUCAAAAAUCCCUUUACCUGCAGCUAUAACAUUUUGUUUGAAUGAUUGUGCUGUGUAGGAAAUACUUUGAAACCAGCAUCAGACAUCCUGCCUGGUCACAUAUAUGAUAUUCUUUAUUUUUUUUUGUAUUGAGGUGUUAACACCAUGAUUCAAUGCUGUAACUGUAAGUAUUGUACAAUAUAAGACAAAGGAUUGUAUGUAUAAAAGUACUCAGUCUUUGUAAAUAGAUUGCAUUAAUGAAACAUGAUUUUACGUACAGAAUAAGAAUCGAAAGGGCAUACGCUGAUUAUGUACAGAUGAUUGACAAUUGUUUCUUCAGAAUUUAUCUUGGCCCAGAAUGUUUCAAGGGUUUACUAUAUUGCCAUUUGCAUGCUCGAUAUAUCCACUCAUACAAAGUAAAACCUGAUGAGUUAGUUCAACUCAAACUGUUUGAUCAAUUAUCAAAAUGCUAGCCAAUUCAUUUUGGGGCUUACAUUUUUGUAAUGAUAUAAAGUCAGCUGAAAGAAAAUUAAUAAUAUAAAUACUUAAAUAAAUACCUAAAAUACUGCACAAAUUUUAAGUCCACUGAAAAACAACAGAGUUAUUACUUCAACGAUUCAUUUUUGGGUUGGGUUUAAUUCAUAGGAAUGAGUGACUCAAACAUUUUGGAGGAUUAAGUUAACUUACUUAUUUUAUUAAAAUAUGCUGUUAGGAUUUACAGUGUAGAUUAUAUGCAAUGGGAUAUAUUGCAUGCAAAUACUAAUAGUACUUCUAUUUUUUUUACUCAAAAAAUGUCCACAGACAAAGGUGUUUUUCAAGUUAUUUAUUGCUUUGUCAUUCUGAAUAGAAAUUAAUAUUUAGUGAAAAACAAAUAAAAAAAAAACCUGAAUAUUUCAACAGCUGUUACUGUACAUGCAAAUAAUCUAAAAAGAAAUGCCCUUUGCCAGUGUGUUACACUUUCCUGUUUCACUGAGAAUCAAAUGUACAGAAGCAUUCCUUAUGUCAUUUUGACAGCUGCCUUGUGAACAGACAUGGGUCAAAAUGGUGUUUCAUUUUUAUUUAUUUGUUGUUUUUCCAUUUUUUUCAAGUUUGUUAGUUUGAAGUUGAAAGAAAUUUCAUGAAGUUUCAUUGUUUGAAUUGGUGCACGCAUGCCUAAAAAAACAGUUACAAUCUAGUGGGCGAGAUGUGCCUUUUGUUAGGAAAAUCACUAAAUAAUGAGCUGUUAUUGUAAUCUUAGGAUUUAUUUUACCUAUAAAAAAAACCAUUCAAAAGCAAAACUAAAAAAAAAAAAAAAAAAAAAAAACACAAGUGACAAGACAAAACAUGAGCAAAGAAAGGCAUUAUAAUCAUCAUUGCAUGUCUUUUGUCUGUUAGGUUGUGUUUUGUUGCUCUCUCAGCCAUCAUGCAAAAGGGAUCAUAACCACAAUUCACAUUUAUUAACAUCUGAUUUUAUUGAAACAUUUAAGUUGAAUUUUUUGUGUUGUUUAAAGUUAUCAUUUCAACAGAAUCUCUCCUGUCAGGCAAUGUAGAAUUUAUCAAAUACUGCAUUUUAAAAAUACAAUCCCUGAUUUUUCAUAAAACUCAACAUUUUGUAUCUGAAAGUUUCUUCUGCUUUAAACUUCACAUUUCUAUUUUGCACAAAUAUUGAAAGAACACAGUUUAUUUAUAUAUAUAUAUAUAUAUAUAUAUAUAGAGAGAGAGAGAGAGAGAGAGAGAGAGAGAGAGCCAGAGAGAGGGAGAGAGGUAUAUAUAGAAAGCAAGUUGUUCAUUUGCUUUAUUUACUUGGUUGGCUAUGUCACAAUUUUUAUGUAUCUUUAACCUAUUGUAACAGUGAGUUGUAACACUGUACUCUAUGCAAUAUACUGCAAACAAAGAAGGAAUCACAAUAUUUGUGUGCAUGAAUUUGGGGUACAGAAUAUAGAAUUUGUUUUGUGAACUCAGAAAAUGUGUUUUUAGCUACACUGAAUCUAAAUACAGGCAUUAUUUGACUCACAUUACAUGAAGAGUACACAUAUACUGUUUGAUUUUGUAUCAGCUGUAACUGCAACAUGUGGUUGGUGUGACAGACCUGUAAAUGCCUGUCUUUGCUAUGUAUUAUUUACUUCACUUGAGGAGCUCUGCAGGUAAAGUCAUGAUGCACUAAGUAUAAAAAGUAAUAAAUGAGCUGGAGGCUGUUAGCCUGAUAAUCAGACUUCCUUGUGGUAACUUAACAUCAGGUUUAUGUUAGCAGAUUUUUCCCAACCAUUCAGCAAGGAUGUAUUUGUUCCCUUGACAUCAUUUUCAGUCACCCCGGAAGCCACUGUAGCGGUUGCUACAGUAGGAGCAAUUAAGCCCGGUCCACACAGGAUGCAUGAGCAGAACUUAUUUUUUUUCUUGAGCCACACGCAGUUCCUAGCAGAAAUAGACAGUGAAAAGGGUCUGCUGUGUCUGCUUUAGAUUAAAAGCUCUCUGCCAUUUCUGUGGACAGAAUCCAUUCAUAUAUUAACAAGGCUUUUAUUGCAUGGUAUUUAUCAGGUAAACUCUAAGAAAGGGCUGGCAGCAGCACCACAGCACAAACACGCUCUGUGUGGUCACCUCGGGCGUGCAAACUGCAGUAGUUCAGCAAGGCAACUGUUACGCACUGCUCAUGCAGCCAUGUGGACCAACCGGAAAAGUGUGUAACAUUUAGGACGAUCUAUUGUCAGAAAGGGGAUAUAAUACUCAUAGGUAUGUUUUCACUAGUGUAUAAUCACCUGAAAAUAAGAAUUGCUGUGUUUUCGUUAUUCCUCUGUAGACAUUUUUAUCUACAGAGGGAGCAGGUCCUCUUAUCCACCCUGUUGAACUGCCAUAUUUUCUACAGUAGCCCAGAACGGACAAACCAAACACUGGCUCUGGGGCCUUUUUUCAAAGUCACUAGAAAGACUAAUUCUCAAGAGGAACUACACACUAAACGACUUUGUUUUUGCUGCACACAUAACAAAUAUUGUGUUUGAACUGGAAAUUGAAAAGAAAAGUUUAGUUCAGCUAUUCUCAGCUAUAUUUUCUCCAUAAAAUAUGAUCCAGUUUCAUCCAAAUGACUGAUAAAUUUGUGUUUUUGUACAGUAGUCAGUGAGGUCUGGCACCCAGAAAUACUACACUCCGGGAAAGAGCCCAGCUGUUUCUUGCUCGCUAACAAAUAUGCAUGUAGAUAUAUAUGUAUAUGUAUUGCUAAAAGCUUCAGACUGAUUGAUGUCAUGAUAUUAUUGGUUAAAACUGGUUGGUUUAUACUUAGGUAAGCACUAGUCACAUUUUGUUUUACAAGAAAAAAAGAUUGGAUUUCAAUAUAAAAAAUACUUUUGGCCAACAUUGUUUGAUAGGGGUAUAAUAUGACUGGGGAUGUUAUCAAUUCAGUUUUAUUUGUAUAGUGCAAUUUAUAACAGAAGUUAUCCCAUGACACUUUUUAAAUACAACAGGUAAAGUAAUACUCCUUAUAAAAUUAUUUGCAGAGACCCAACAGUUCCCACCUGUUGGGUCUGUGUUAAAAACUUCAUUUUAAGAGGCAAAAACCUCAAGCAGACCCUGGCUUUAGGUGGGCAGCCAUCUGCCUCGACCAGUUGGGGUGAAAUAGGCAUUUUUAAUUUCAUCUGGACUUCAAGUUCUUUGAUCGUUAUAAUGUGCUAAUGCCUCACAGUGCUCUUCAAGUGAAGCGUUACCUCGUUGUUCUUUGUAUGUACAACAUCUUUUCUUUAGGACACACUGUUUGUAUUUACAUUUGGAACAUAAAGAAGAUAAAGUAGAAAAAUGUAAACUCUUCAUAAACACAGUUAACCUGUUUUAUUUUGUUUAACGUAAAACUCUUGAUGUAUAAUUUGUUUUGGUUUGAAAUUUUGUACUUGUCAGAUUAGAGCAAUAUCUGAGAAUGGAUAAGAGGGCAUUAUACAGAAUUUGCAUGCUAUUGUUAAGCCUGUAUGAAGCACUAUUUACAUUUCUUUUCAUCUUUUUUUCCUAUAUUGGUAAUGGAACAUUAUACUGUACAUUAGAUGUUUUUUUUCUGCACAUUCAAAAGAAGUCUGCCAGCUGAGUGACCCAUGUGCAGAUUUCUGUGCUACCACAACAUUGAAUUAAGAUGUAUAAGUUUGUUUUCCAAGAUUCAAUGUGACUUCCAACCACAGGUGAGGUAUUCACUGCGAUCCACUUGCCGAGUACCUGUUAGUUUAGUGUAGUGUAAGAACUGAAUGUUUAUAAGGUGAUGAUAUUUGUUUUCCAAAAUAAGUUUAUUUUUACUUUUUAUAAUCCAAACAAUGGCAGCUGUCCUCACUAUUGCCAAACAGAUUCACUGUAAAAUUAGUAAAGUAAAAGUAGUAAGUAAAAUUUCUAAGUAAUUUGCCACUGACUCGGAAUAAAGAAACCCAUUUUCAAUGGAAGUAGUUUCUUUUUUAGUUUGUGCAUGCAUGUUUCUUGUUAUUGGAUUUUUUUAUUUGGCUAUCUCUUUUCUUACUUCUGACACAACCCUUGCAAAAAAAAAAUUAUGUAAGUAUUUUACAAUUAUGCAAAGUGUUUAGCUUCUCUGCAUUGAGUCCCUGUAAAAUGUAGAAUAGAAUUCAAAAUCCUCCUCCUCACCUAUAAAGCUCUUCAUGGUCAGGCCCCUUCAUAUCUUAAAGAGCUCAUAGUACCCUAUUACCCCUCUAGAACACUACGUUCUCUGAAUGCUGGGCUACUUGUGGUUCCUAUAGUCUCUAAAAGUAGAACAGGAGCCAGAGCCUUCAGUUACCAAGCUCCUCUCCUGUGGAACCAGCUUCCAGUUGUGGUUCGGGAGGCAGACACCCUCACCACAUUCAAGAGUAGGCUUAAGACAUUCCUCUUUGAUAAAGCUUAUAGUUAGGGCUGGAUCAGGUGAGUCCUGAACCAUCCCUUAGUUAUGCUGCUAUAGGCCUAGACUAUCGGGGGAUUUCCCAUGGUGCACUGAGCUCCUCUCUUCCUCUCUCUUUCUGCACUCAUUCAUGUCCCAUUAAUGCAUGUUACUAACUUCACUUCUUCCCCGGAGUUCUUGUGCUUUCUCGUCUCGCAGGUUCUUAUGGAUCCUGGUGGAGCCUCCUGCCAUGGUCCUGCUAGAUUGCCAUUGCCAAUACUGUUGUUGCUGUGCACCUGCCUGUCUGUCUGUCUCUCGCUCUCUCUCUCUCUCUGUCUCUCUCUCUCUCACCCCAACUGGUCGAGACAGACAGCCACCCACCUAGAGCCGAAGGAUCUGUCCUAGGUUUCUGCCUUUUAACAGGCAGUUUUUCCUUGCCCUUGUCUCCAAGGUCUUGCUCAUGGUGGUACUGUUGGGUCUCUGUAAAUAAUGUUAUAAGGAGUUCGGUCUAGACCUGCUCUAUUUGAAAAGUGUCCUGAGAUAACUUCUGUUAUGAAUUGGCGCUAUACAAAUAAAAUUGAAUUGAAUUGAAUUGAAUUGAAAUUGAAUUUAGUAGUUUAGUUUAGUGUUUAGUGACAGUAUUUUUUACAUAAAGUGCCAAAGUAUUUAAACAUCUUUACAAUAUCUGUCCAUGGAUGGAAGAAAGGGUUUGAAACAAACAUUUGUUGAGGCAGCAAUCUCAAAGAAGUUGUCUGAAAACCUGGACAAACACUUAAACUCAAUUUUCCUUCUUGUCCCUACAGUGUGAUGUUUGAAUGCUGUAUGUGCAGAGUUUGGCACGAAAAGGAUGUUUUCACAUUCAUCUGCUGAAAGUGGAAAGUUUCUCUGUGCUCAUUGAAAAUCAGAUUUUAAAGGGGACAUAUUAUGCAAAACCAACUUUUUAAUCAUUUGAUUAUGUACAUUUGGGAAUCUGGAGGGCCUAUCAGCAGGCAAAGUGUGAAAAAAAAGGACUCAGUCAUGUUAUUGUGGGCUGCCUCAGUCAGAAUACAGGAGAUAAAUCACUCAAUUUCAGAUGUUCAGAGUUUUUGAUGUCAGUUCGGCUCCAUGUUGCCACCCACCGCAGUUUACUUCCUGUUGACUAUCGGAGCUCCGCCAUUGUUACUAUAAAAGAGCAAGCUAACAGAGAACAAGCAAACGAGUCCAGCCUGCAGCCUGCAGCCUGAUGUCUGGGCAAAGGCUUCAGCAGACUAACUGUUCAGUCAUUGGCUGCACAGCCCAACACUAAUUUACAUAUGUAUGAGCACAGUGGAUUUAUCCACUUUGUGUCGGACUGUUUUCACAACCUCGGUCAGUACAACACUGGACUGGCUGAAAGACUGUUCCUGAAAGAGGGAUUGUACCAACUGUCUGUGGAGAGACGGCAGAGGAAGUAACUGUGACCUGAUGAAGCUCAGGUGUUCCUGGACCCAUCAGAGGACAGAGACAGCUGCAGCAUCAGGACAGUCUGGGUAUGCAAAGGAAGACUGAUGAAGAUGAACACUGACUGCAGAGCUCCAUUACCAGCUCACACUUCAAUAUACUAGAAACCAUAAACCUUGAUGGAGGACAUGAUCUGCACAGUUCAUAUAAAAGUUAUAGCUUUGUUACUUACAACAUCUGUAACUGGAAUAUGAAUGAAACAUAAAGUGUUUUACGUUUAAGAAGAGUUUUGGUCAUUUUUAAAUUCAGUAAUAAGUGUGGUUUUAUAUAAAUAAAAUGUUAUUUCACAGAGGUUUUAUGAAGAUUUCCUGCAUGUAGAAGUGUUGAAAACCUGGUUCGUGUAACAUCUGUCAAUAUGAAAAUGUGAAAUGUAAACCUGUAAGCAACACAAUACAUUACUGUCUCACAUUCAAACUUUAUUAUGUUGGAAGAUAAAUGACAUCAUAAUAUAUAAUAUAAAUGAUAGAAUAUGCAGUACAUAUACAGUAUUUUUAAUGGGGUUAAAACAUAAUUGCAGCUUUUACAAAUAUCUGAAGGUGAACUUUGGUAAUAAUACGUUCAAGUUAAAAUAUCCGACUAUGAAAUAUGGAUACAGUACAGUACAGUUGGUUACUUAGCAGUUUUUAAACCACAUAAACAAGUUACUUUAUUAGAUGAGUAAUUCUUUCAGUUAUGUUGACAUGUUGUACAGGAUAAAGUAUUCCAGGCAUAUAAUAUGUUUUAACUUCACUGUAGGUCACUGCUCACUGCUGUACCUGUAAAGACAAGAAUAAAACACAGUGUUGGUUCUCAUAGUUAAGGUAUAAACACUAACAUUAUGUGAUAGAUAGAGGUUUUUAUAGCAGUAUUUACCUGAGGAAAACGUCACAGAAAGCUGUAAUCCUGAUUGUUGUUGAUGUUGUUCAUUUCUCUGUGAUUUCAGGUCAGACUCCCGCUCUAACAUGUCCGCUGGUGAAGUUUUUGGUUUAGAAGCAGUUAUUGAAUUAAUAUUGACGGUAGAAAUGCAGCUAAACUCAGUAGCAGUGAGGAGCUACCUGCCGGCAACGCUGAGGCGGAAAUGGGAGGGUCCGGAGCGUCAUCCGCGUCAUAAUACCGACCAAUCAGAGCAGACUGGGCUUUUUGGGAGGGGGGCCUUAAAGAGACAGGAGCUAAAACCGAUCGUUUCAGACAGAGGCUGAAAAGAGCUGCUCAGCUAUAGGCAGUAUGAGAAAAAUAAUGUGUUUUUUGAACAUGAAAUGAAUGUUUAAUUUUGAAACAUCUAAACCUAUUGUAGUAGAGCCACAAAAUACAAUUAUGAACCUGAAAAGGGGCAUAAUAUGUCUCCUUUAAGGGGCGGGGCCUACCAGCAUGAUUUGUGACACACAAAUUGUUUGGAAGUCAUCCUGGUCCAGUAUGCUACUUGUACAGUGUGAUGUAGAAACUUGAAGCCACCAGUGCACAUCCACCGAGAAUGGACUUUACAGUGAAGUAGGAGACAUCUUGUGUCCAGCAGGAAAACUUUAGAAAUGAACAACAUUUGCAUAUUCAGAGAUUACACAGGGAGUUUUUAACUGGUUACAAAACAUUUUAAUACUGAUACCUCUAUAUAACCUACAUAAAUAAACAAAAGAUAAUAAGGCGGUAUUAAAACAUAAUAAGUCAUUAUUUUGAUAAAGUUUGUUACUAUCAAAAUAAAUUCUUACUCACGGAAUUCUUUCGUCACAUUGACGGAAAUGGGCUUCCAUACAGUUCACACUAUCUCCCUAUUGGCUGGUUUAGAUGGCUGUCAGGCUAGGGGGUGGGCUUAACCCAGUCUGGAAGAUGGUGCUAGUUGGAAAGGGCAUUUUGGAGUGGUUAGGAGACUGAGUGAGAACAGGUCCACGACUGUGCCAAGAGCCGUCGAGUUUUCCCUCCAUAUGGAGUUUUGUUUUGAGUUGUUAUCCACGUGAGAUGUCUACAGUUAACUGUCAGUGGGUCUCCGGCCAACGAUAACCAGUGUUGGACAAAGCGAGCAGGCCGAGAGAUGGGCAUCAGAAAGGGAGACAGAUGUCAAACCCCACAAGGCCACUAGGGGUCGCUGGAUACCUCUACUUCAUGGGCAAAAUGGCUUCUUGGACAUGGUAAAAGAGCCCUCCCAGCAGAUGAGUGUCAUUGUGCUUGUGGAUGACAACCAAAUCAGACACAGCUGAACUGGAGAGGGAAUAUGAGAUCAUGAUCAUAGUCGGUGUUCCAGAGCUGCAGGAUUAUCACAGUCAACACCUUCCUCAGCCACUCUGUAAGUAAAUCAUGGAAAAUCUAUUUCUUGUUAAUGGACUGUAAAGAUUUGGGGAGAAUCUGAUGGCUACAUGGUACAAAAACUUGAUUUGUGGUAAUUGACAGAUAGUACAAGUGGCAGGUGUAUUCUAUUGGAUAAAUACAAGCUAUAAUGUGACAUUUUACCCAAGAGCACUGAGUAAGUAGUAUGUGUAAUGUUUGUUCCAAGGAAGCACCGUCUGUGGCAGAUUCUGCCAACUUGAAACAAGACAUGUGACAUAUUAGUAUACAGUCAUUGUUAUCAUAUGGAUAUUGUAUUGUAUUCAUUGCAUAUUAUGAAUCAGAAUUGAUUUACUGACACAUGUCCUCAGUGAAGCAAACAACCUCAACCCUUGGAAAGCAUGUCAUUUUCAUUUCUGUGUAUUAAUGAGAGGAAGAAGGUGUUAAAGGAGAAAAAGCCCUUUGCCCAGUUGCAGAGCUUCCUCUCAGACAGUCAUCGUGGUGAAUUUGAUCUGAGGGCCAUUCCUAUGGUGGCCAGCCAAUGCCUGGCCAUGGGCAACGGUUCGAUCAAAGCCCCACAGGCUGAAGAGAACAGCUGCCUGGCCUCCAUCCACACAGACCCUCCUGGUCUGGACACGGACGUCCUCAGAUUGCGAAUCACCCACCUAGAGACGGAGCUGGCAUGUCGGGACCAAGAGUUUCGAGCCCAGGAGCUUCAGUUACAGCACCUCCAGAGGGAACUGGAGGCCAAGAUCUCCCAGAUCGACAAGCUCCAGGAUGCCAUUGGCUACAACAACAGCCUGGGCUGCUCUCCGCCCACCUUGUGCCACCAUAGCCACCGCCGCUUCAGUGUCAUCAACCAGGGUCCCAGCCGCUUCCACAGGGUUGCUGUGGAGGUCCACCGCAGGCUCAAAGCAAAGGAGGGUGUCUCUGCUGAACCCACCUCAGAGAACUUCUGUGGAGGGUUCAGAGCAACACACAUCUCUAUCGCUAAGGCUGUCUGCAAAGACUCACACACCAAGAGGCUCAUCAACGAUGCCAUCAUGAACAAUGACUUCCUGAAGAAGCUGGAGCCACAGCACAUGAGGGAAAUGGUGGACUGUAUGUACGAGAAGGUUUACACCGAGGGACAGGUGGUCAUUCAGGAGGGGGAACCCGGAAACUACCUUUACGUACUGGCAGAGGGAUUGCUGGAGGUCAUCCAGAACGGGAAGCUGCUGGGAGAGAUGCGUCCUGGCACAGCGUUUGGAGAACUGGCCAUACUGUACAACUGUAAGAGAACAGCCACUGUUAAAGCUGUGUCCCAGUCUCACAUCUGGGCACUGGACCGCCAGACAUUCCAGACGAUUAUGAUGCGGACCACACAGGCCAGACACGAGGAGUACUUCAGCUUCCUGCGCAGUGUGUCUCUGCUUAGAGGACUGCCUGAGGAGAAACUAGCCAAGAUUGUGGAUUGUCUUGAAGUAGACUAUUUUGAAAAAGGGGAGCACAUUAUCCGAGAGGGUGAAGAAGGGAACACUUUCUUUAUUAUCGCAAAAGGAGAGGUCAUAGUCACUCAAAGCACAGAGGGGUUUGCUGAACCACAGGAAAUCAAGACACUGGGAGUCGGAGACUACUUUGGAGAGAAAGCUCUCAUCAGCGAGGAUGUUCGCUCAGCCAACAUCAUCUGCAGUGAGAAUGACACACACUGCCUGGUGGUGGACAGAGACAAUUUCAACCAAAUGGUGGGAACUUAUGAGGAGCUUCAGGCCUAUCUGAAGGAAUACGUGGAAGAGCUUUCCAGGAGUGAUGAGAGGAGAAAUGCCCUGCCCCACUCACCUCAGAUUGACUCUGCAGAGGCCCAUGAGCUAAGGAGGCUGAGGGAGAGGAUUGCUCUCCUGCCUCCCAACCAACCUUUCCAGGAGCUCGAGGUCAUAGCUACACUGGGCAUGGGAGGAUUUGGAAGAGUGGAGCUGGUAAAGCUGAAGGAUGAGGACAUAACGUUUGCUCUGAAGUGCAUUAAGAAGAAGCAUAUUGUGGACACCAGACAGCAGGAGCACAUCUACUCUGAGAAAAACAUCCUUCAGCAAACAAACUCAGCUUUUAUCAUCAGGUUAUACCGAACAUUUCGGGAUGAUAAGUUUGUCUACAUGCUGCUAGAGGUGUGUCUUGGUGGAGAGCUGUGGACUGUGCUGCGGGACAUGAGUUAUUUUGAUGAUCCCACAGCCAGGUUCUGUACUGGUUGUGUCUUAGAGGCCUUUGACUACCUCCACACAAUGGGCAUCAUCUACAGAGACUUGAAACCUGAAAACCUUUUACUGGAUGCUGAGGGCUAUGUGAAAAUGGCAGACUUUGGCUUUGCCAAAAAGAUCGGCCUCGGAAAGAAGACCUGGACAUUCUGUGGGACUCCCGAGUAUGUGGCCCCAGAGGUCAUCAUGAACAAAGGCCAUGACUUUGGAGCUGAUUGCUGGUCCUUGGGAAUCCUCAUAUUUGAACUUCUCACUGGCAACCCACCCUUUGCUGGCUCAGAUCCCAUAAAGAUUUACACCAUGGUCCUCCAUGGCAUUGAGAAGGUGGACUUCCCCAAGAAGAUAGGCAAGCGUCCGGAUGACCUCAUCAGGAGACUCUGCAAGCUAAACCCAGUAGAGAGGUUGGGAAAUAAAAAGAACGGCAUCAUUGACAUCAAGAAACACAAGUGGUUCCAAGGCUUCAACUGGGAAGGUUUAAGGCAUCACAAGCUGCUUUCUCCACUGAGGAGAGAGCUGAAGGGGCCAAUGGAUCACAGUCACUUUGACAUGUUUCCUCCUGACACCGAGGAGCCUCCCGAUGAGCUGUCUGGCUGGGAUAAAGACUUUUGAGGACUCUGAUUGUAAAGAAUCUAAGCAACAGCAGUUGAUCUGCCUCGUGAAGAUGCAGUAGCUUCAGCAAGCUAACUCCUAAAGCUUUCCACUCUCACAGCAGUUUACUCGAAUGGAGAGGGAACAAGUAACUGCUGCGCUCAUCCUGCCAGAUUUACAGACUUUUUUUUUUUUACUGUAAAAACUCCAUUACAUUCAUACAUAUGAGGCAGAGAUACACUGUCAAAAGCUUUUUGUAGCAUGGUCCCCUUUUGGGUAUUAAAGAGAGACUGUGUUUGCGGCUGCAUGUCAAAUACACUAAAAUUCUUGUAUUCCACCGAGUGUGGUAGUAGCACAUUCCAUCAGUUCAGCCCUGAGCAACAUGGGUGACUGUGUGGCAGAUAAAUCUUAACUUGCAGCCUCUUCCCACAAGCAAAACAAGGAAGUACUUCCUUUUGUUUUCACAGUAUUUUACAAACCAAUGUAAUUCAGAUAUAUGCCAUGAAAAGACUACAGUGGGACCAAAUAUUUCAUUGCUAUGUGCUGUUUGGGAGGUGUGUGAAACCACCAAUCUGAGGUUUAUAUGCCAACUGCGGGCCACUGCUUGGGCCUCCAACAACACACUGAACUGCAUUGUACUGUUUAGUUUUACGCAUUGUGAUCUUUUAUUUUUCUUCCGUAUUUAAUCCUUAUUUAUUUUCCUGGACAGCUCUACCAACCUGCUCUCACUCCCUAGUCAUCACAUACUGCAGCUGGGUCAUUGGCCCUCUGCUUCAAAAUAUGAUGCUGUAGAUAUCCCUCUGGCUUCAUUUCUGGACGCACCCACCGUCAGGGACACGUGAGGUAGUAUAAAGAGCGAGACAGUCCUCAUAUGGAGGUGAUGGGCAACCAAACACAGUUUAACCCGAGGACCGCUGUUCAUGUCUUGUGUGAAAAGUAAAGAGUGUAUUUUAAGUAAUGUAUGUAAGUUACUUAAGGUACGUAGGUAGGUAAGUUACAUUUUAUCCAUACCCAUUUCUCCUGUUCAGGCUAUUUUAAUUGUCUUUAACCUUAUUCAUGGUGGAACUUAACUGCAAGUCUUUCACAUAAUACAAACUGAAUGUUGCAUGUUUCUAAUUGCUGACUUCCCCACGGAGCCCUGCACGACCAGAAAUGAUAUGAGAUGGAUACAUUAAGCAUCAUAUUUUGAAGUGUGUGGCUACUAAGGCAGUUGCUUCCACACUGGUUCAGCUGUGUGUUUUAUUACUGAGAAAUCAUCUGGUUCACCUUUUGGUUACAAACCUCUGACUACAGCUCCCUCUGAAUGACCCAAACACUAAUGAGAGCCCUGAAAGUACCUGGAACUCUCAUUUACAGUAUUAUCACAUCCUGAGCACUGCCCACAUUUAGCUCCAGGUCCCAAAACAGUGGAAACAAAAGCCUCCACCCAGGGACUGCGGUUGAAAACUGGCUUUUAUCUGGUACAGUCCAUGUACUGUGCGUUCUCCCUGCUAAAUAAACAGUGCUUACAUUCUGUUUGAUUAAAUGAAUGCAGUGGAAAAUUGCUAAAUACUGUAUCAAUCUCUUUUUGUCUCAGCAGCCAGUUUUGAUGUUCACUGUCAUGAUGUAUGGCUCAAGUUUAUUACCUCUAGUAACUUGCUUUUAAAAGAAGAAAACAAAUGUAAUCCAUUUCUAUUCUAUACCACUUUUAAACCACCUGCAUUUAACCUAAUGCAUUUUAAUUUGAUCCACUCCAGAAGAUAGAGACUUUAGCAUUGGACCAAUUUUUAUAGCCUGGAAUUACCACCCACAUCUUUCAUUUGUUCAAUAAUUCAAAUCGGUCUGGUGUUGUGCUCAUCGACGACUAUUUCCAAACGUUGGAGAGACCAUCAACCAAUUGGGGCGUUGUUAACAGGAUUAAAGGGGCGGCUGUGGCUCAGAGGUAGAGGAGGGGUGAGUGUGUUGCGCAUUAUAGGUUACGCUAUAUAAGUACAGUCCAUUUACCAAUAAAAAUGACUUCAUUCAUUUUACAUAGCUAUCUUCCUAAAUCCAUGACAAAAACCAACAAAGAAAUGGGCACAAAUGUAUAAAAUUGUCAGGACGUAGUCACUUGCUACUUAUUCAUUAGAGCAAAACAACAUCAGGCCCCCAAACAGACAUAAUGAAUGCAGUGAAACAAACACUAGAUGUCGCACUAGAGCACCAGCAUCUCAGACUAAACCAAGACCAGACUCCUAUGACAAAACCAGUAAUUUUACCUUGCAGAUAAUCAUAAAACACACUUCAAACUGAACAGAAACAAAAAAAUCUCACCAGAACUAUCUUUGUUUGGUGGAAAUAAAUCCUAGAAUUCACAGAGUUUGAUGCAUAAAAACAGCAGUUUCAGUCGCUGUCCUCAGCUGCAACUGGAGCAGACCGGCUGUGGAAACCAACCACAGAGAGGCUGUGAUAGCAACACAGGCAGAGAGAGUGUGACACCAUGUCUCCACUAUAUCUUUACAUAGAGAAUAGUUAUUAGAAAUUAAUGUUUUCAAUCUCAUAAUAUUUAAAGACUGAGCCUUUAUAAAUAGCAUUAAUUUGGGGAUGCUCCCCUAGCCAGCCAUAGAGUCUUCACACCGCUUUAAAUAAACCUCAGCUAAGAUGGUCAUUGGAUGAAAGCUAAACAAUCCCUGAUAGACAAAUUCCACUUAAAUCAUUGGAUUAUACCUGAGGGGUAGAAGCACAGAGGGAUGUCUUCCUGCUCACUAAAAGCUUUAUAUUACAGCUUAUGAUUAAAGUAUAAUUUUGUUGUAUGAAUCAAGUGCCAAUAAAAUAGGCAAGUCCAGAGUCACUCGGGGUGUGUAGUAAGUUCUGAUCACUACAGCACACUGGCUGUUGGAGCAGGAUGUGUAACUUUAUUCUAUACAUCAGGUAUCAAAAAAAUACUUGUAUUGUCUAUUGACUCUUGCUUUCUUCCAUGAUUCUUACAUUUCUGUAAAAGUAAGAACUUUUAAGUAUUUAUUUUUAUUGUUAUUAUUAUUAAAAAGGUAGUACUAGUAGUGAGUGACUUCUAUUGACACAAUGGUCUAGUUGACUGCAAUUACCAGCCACCCUAAUGCACAUGUUUAAUGUACUGUAUGAUAAUGACUGCUUUAAAGAUGCCUCUUCCCUCAGGACAGUGUGACUGUUGAGUAAUUCAGUUUAACAGACGGACUGGACAUUCAGUGUAGCUUUAAAUAAUGUGUGUCUGAUAUAUUGACUAUAGUCAACAUGUGGUGUGGGUUGCCAUUCAAUUCAUCACUUGCUGCUUGUGAUCUGUACACUGUGUGAUCUAAUUUGUUAAAAUAUUUUCACUGAAGUUUUGUUUGAUAUAUAAAACUUACUUUAAUCAAAGGA